AUGCAGAACCUCGACACACGACUGCAGUCCUUUAACGCAAUAACAAAACCCAAAUCAAAGGUCAAACCGGCAUUCCCACUAACAGAAAAUACCCAUCCUAAUCUUACACCGGAUUCACUAUCUCAAGCUGGAUUCUAUCAUACACCGGGGUCGACAGAGGAAUCAUGGGAUAACUGUAAAUGCUUUAUGUGUAAUCUGGAAUUGGGAGGAUGGGACGAAGGAGAUGAUCCAUUUGAAGAGCAUUCCAAGAGGGGUAAUUGUGCUUGGGCAGAUAUGGUUUGUACGGUUAAGAUUGAGAAGAGGAAGAGAGAUAGAAGUGAUGGUGCUUAUACCACAACUUACGGAACGGAAGAGUCUCUACCUCAAUCGAAAGAGUCUGCAUUGAUAAGAGAACAAACAUUCAAAAAGUGGUGGCCUCAUAAGCAGAAAUCGGGAUGGUUGCCAACAGUGAAGAAUCUCGCCCAAGCAGGUUUCAUAUAUUGCCCUUCUAGCACGUCAAAAGAUACCGCCAUGUGUCCGUAUUGUGAAUAUGCUGUAGAAGGAUGGGAAGCAACAGAUGAUCCUUGGCAAGUACAUCAAAGUAAAGUCCCCGACUGUCAUUUCUUCAGAGCUGAGUUAGCAAAUGGAGGACCAAGCAAGGACAAAUCAACCAAAGCUGCUGCUAAACCGAAGAAGUCUGAAGCUUCCAGAAGGACAAAACGAGCUACUACAGCUGCUUCUCGGCCUGUCGUUUCCGAAUCAGAAGAAGAGUCUACUCAGGCGACCGACCUACCGUCCGAACCAGGGUCAGUCGCCGUCUUGGAAGGGAAUAAUGCUAAGAAUAAAGAUACCGAACCUCGUUCUACUACAACAAGGAGAAAGACAAAUGCUCGAGGAAAAAAGAAGGAAGACACAGUGGAAGUAGAAGCUGAACUUGGAGCUGAGACUCAAAACAAGGAAAUAGACGAACCAGAGGUGAUAGUGAUUGGGGACGAUACCAUAACCUCGAUAUCUCAGACUCAAUUGCCUGCAACGGUACCGGAGGAGGAAAUACCGGUAGAAGAUAAGGAGAAGAAGGGAAAAGCUAAGAAGGCGACUAAAGCCAAACCUAGAACUACUACUGCCAAAUCAAAAGGAAAGAAGAAGAAGGUUGAGGAGCAGGGAGGUCAAACGGAGGAUGAGGUAGUUAUGCAGGAAUCGGAAGUUGAAAUGCAGACUGAAGAAGAACCUGAAUCAAUACCUCAACCUCGACUACGGCAACCUUCCAAGCCCGGUUCUCAGAACAAAUCGUCAUCUUCUAAACCAUUACCACCUCUACCUCCAGCUAGUCCGACAUCUCCCAGACCAUUAUCCCAAUUAGAUAGAUUCGCUAAUAUACCUCCUUCGUCACCUAUCCCAUCAGUCAGCUUAGGCACACCAAAACCUAAAUCACUAUUACGGUCUACUCAACCCUCAUCAGCCAAUAGACCAUCACCUCAUUCUCAAUUAUCUAGAGAAGCAUUAGACAGUUCUUUAACGCGUGGUGCGAUAGAAGCUAGGAAGGUGAUGGAAGAUCUCAUGGCUUCUCCAAUAAUUAACACGAGGAGUAUGAGUGACCGGGAAAACAUGGGCGAGGGAGAAGAGGAGGUGGUGAAAUUUACGGAAGAGCAGAAGAAGAUGACGUUGGAGGAUUUAAUUAGGAUGGAGAUGAAGAAUAGGUAUAGGGAGAUGCAGAAGGAAGGAGAAGAGAUGAUUGAACGGUGGGAGGAGAGAGCGAGGAAUGAGAGGAAGAAGAUUGAAGCUAUAUGA